UUCUUUACGAUAAUUCACAUCCUAAAGGAUUAGAAAUUGGUCAAAUCGCAACACAUUAUCAAGAUAAAGCUGAUUGUUUGGUUAUAAUGGGUACAUCUUUAAGGAUUCCUGGCGUAAAAGCUAUCAUAAAGGACUUUGCUAGAGCUGUUCAUGAUCGCAAAGUUACUAAAGAAUGGAACGGGUUAAUUGAUUAUCAAAUAGUAGGUACCUGA